AAUCAUGCUGUGAGCAUGGGCAGCACCAGUGAUACAGAAAGUGUGAAUGCCAGUGAUGAGACAGUAUCAGACAAUGCUAAUGGUACCUCAGCUACUACUCAAGGUUCAUUUAUGUACUUACCUGUGUAUAUCGAGGGUCAGACUGUUGCAGCCCUAUUAGAUACAGGCAGUAGCAUUAAUGUAAUGUCUAGGUCAUUUUAUGAUAAGUUAUCUGUAACUGUUAAGACAAGUAUUGAUACUAGUACUGCUGUAUCCAUCAGUUUAGCUGAUUCACAUACAAUACCUGUACAGGGUACUGCUAAUAUCAAAGCCAAAACUCCUUAUGGUUCAUGUACACUCAGUGUUUACAUUCUACAACAUACUUCUCACCCUCUCAUUUUGGGUUCAGCAUUUAUGACCAAUCAUUCUGUAGUCCUAGAUUUUGGUUCCAUAAAUGUCGGUUAUAAGAAACUGAAAGUCAGAUGUAAAACCCGCCUCGCCAUUAAUCCAAACUCAGAGUGUAUGGUAUGGUGUAAACUACCUAAGUAUAGCACUGUAGGCUUACAGGGUGUUUGUACUGGAAGUAAGAAAGCAAUGAAAGCUGGUUUACUGGUUGCUAGGUCUGUUAGUACUAUUCCUCAUACCAGGAAAGUUCCUGUAAAACUUCUCAAUCCUGGAAAUACAAUUAUUACUAUACCCAGCUACACAGUGUUAGCCUAUUUCGAAACUAUGGACAACUCAUACCAUGUACUUGCACACAAUUCUGGGGUAGGAUGUAAUAAUAUUAUCCACAGCAAUGGUAAUUCAGAUUUUACCAAGUCAGAUAUAGCAUGUUCUGAAGUUUUUGUUCACUCAAGUGAUCAUCCCAGUGUUCAUGUUAAACCCAGUGUUUCUGAGUCAGAUGUACAUAGCAAUGUUUAUGAUCAACCAAGUGUUAUUACCAAUGUUCAAUCAAAUGUUCAUUCAAAUGUUUAUGACCAACCAAAUGCUCCUCACACAGAUGUUGUAUAUAACAAUGUUGUUCAAUCACAUGUUCAUGCAAAUGUUUAUGACCAACCAAAUGUUCCUCGCACAGAUGUUGUAUAUACCAAUGCUGUUCAUUCAGAUGUUCCUACAAAUGUUCAUGAUCAAACAAGUGUUCUUAAUUCAGAGUCAUAUAACAAUGUUGUUCAAAUUAAUGUUCAUGAAAAUGUCAAUGUUCAACCUAGUGUUUCUCAAUCAAAUGUAGUUCAUAGCAAUGAUGUUCAUUCAAAUGUUCAUGUUCAGCCCAAUGCUUUCCAUUCAAAUCUUGUUCAUACUCAUCACGUUCAAUCAAAUGACAAUGUUAAGGCAAAUGUUGAUUAUAUGCAUGGUGAUAAUGUUGACUUUGAUAAAUUCAUUUCUUAUUUCCAUGUAAAUGAGAAUCUUACAGAGGUUCAGAAGG